CUUCUGUCGCAAAUCAUCCCUGACUCCUCUCCACCUACUCCACCCCCUUUUCACUGUCCGUUGCUUGGAUGGCUUGCCCCAGGUAUUUAAACUCAUCCACCAUCUCUGCUCCUUGCAGCUCCACUGUUACACCUGUCUUCUGCUCAUUCAUUUACUCUUGUUUAACUUGAGGUAAUUUUUAUAAAAUCACUCAUGCAUACAUCAGUUUUUGCACUAUUGUGGCACUUCUACUUUAGUUAUACUCUUUAUCUAUUGUAGACUACUAUUUUCGCUGCUGCUGUAAAACAGUUUCCCUUGUGAAAUGAAUGAAAGUAUGAAUCAAAAUUGGGACUCUUUCUUUCAAAUGCUCAAAAAUUGUAAUAAAAACAUGAUUAUACGGUUGUUGUUUUUGUUAUGUCCUUACGUAGUCUUUCUGGCUGUCCCAUCAACUACAAGCAUCCCCUUUUAUUUUGACAGCAGCCCUCCUUCCGGUAUCACCCUGGUUACGUCCCGAGUGUUUGACGCAGUUUGCCUGUCAGAUGAUGCUGUGGGCCGGGAGCGCCUCUUUCACACUCCCAUAUAUUUACGUAUAACAGCGGGUCUCCCAGGAAGGACAAAUUAAAUGAACACGGCCGAUGGAAACGCAGGCCUGUCUGUGAUGUAAAAGCCCGGCCCGGAUGUUCAUUGCACUUAUUGGGGAAAAACUAUGACUGUUUCAAACGACUGACGAUUUGGGAUCCCGUUACUCCUUACACUUUUGCGUGCAUCCAAACCGGCCAGACAUUCAUUCAUUUAUAAGCUGCUGCAACCACAGUCUGGCUUUAUCCUUUACUGGAGUCUGCUUUUUUCCCCCCCAAGUCCUGCAGUGAGGAUGGAUACCAGGGUGUCUUUUCCCAGUCGUCGGCUGCUGGUACUUCUUUGCACGGCUGCUGCCCUUUUAGGGACCCGGAGCCCUUUGGCUGCAGCGGGGAGAAGCUGCUCGGACACCAGGCAGGUGUACUUGGAGAAGGGGUACAGCACAAGCACCGCUCCGCUGACUCAAAUCUCUGGUGAGCACCUGCGGCUCUGUCCUCAGGACUACACUUGCUGCUCCAGUCAGAUGGAGGAGACUCUGGCCCAGCAGAGUGAAAGGGACUUCCUCAAAGCAGUUUCAGACAACAGCCAGUUUCUCUUGACCACCUUUACCCAGAGACACCGCAGGUUUGACGAGUUCUUCAAAGAACUUAUAGACCUUUCAGAGAAGUCUAUGAACCAGAUGUUUACCAAGACCUAUGGCCUACUCUUCACCCAGAACGCACACGUCUUCCAAGAGCUUUUCCUGGAGCUUCGCAGAUAUUAUUCUGGGGGAAGUGUGAGUCUGGCAGAAGUUCUGUCAGAUUUCUGGUCCAGACUUGUGGAGCGGGUCUUCUCUCUGGUAAACCCCCAGUAUCAGUUCAGUGAGGACUACCUAGAGUGUGUCAGCAAGCACGCCGAACAGCUGCAACCAUUUGGGGAUGUCCCUCGCAAACUUCGUGUACAAGUGUCGAGGGCUUUCAUAGCAGCCAGAGCGUUAUCUCAAGGGCUUGCCACUGGUCGGGACAUUGUCAACAAAGCAACAAAGUUAACUGCAGAUUCAGAGUGUGUGCGUGGCCUGAUGCGUCAGUGGUACUGCCCACUGUGUCGAGGUAUGCCCUCCGUGCGCCCCUGCCGCUCAUUGUGCCUUAACGUGAUGAAGGGCUGCUUAGCCAAUCAGGCUGACUUGGACACCGAAUGGAACAAUUUCAUUGAUGCUCUGUACCAGGUUUCAGAGAAGCUGGAGGGGCCUUUCAACAUGGAGCUUGCAGCCGACUCUAUCUCUGUAAAAGUGUCAGAGGCCAUUAUGCACAUGCAGGAAAACAGUGUCAGCAUCUCCAGCAAAGUGUUCCAAGGCUGUGGAAACCCCAGGCCAGCUCCAGCAAGGUCCAAACGCUCGCCCAAAGAGUCCGGGGGCAACAGGAGGCCUUUCCGCACCUACACUCCUGAAGAGAAACCCACCACUGCUGCAGGCACCAACCUGGAUCGAUUGGUUACCGAGCUGAAAGAGCGACUGCGGCCCAUGCGGGGCUUCUGGGUGUCCCUCCCACACACCAUCUGCAACGAUGAGAAGAUGGCUGCCGACGUCACUAAUGAGGACCGCUGCUGGAACGGGCAGACCCGGGGGAGGUACCUGCCAGAUGUGACAGGUGACGGUUUGGUGAGCCAGAUCAAUAACCCUGAGGUGGAAGUGGAUAUUGCACGUCCAGAUGUGAGGACCAGGCAGCUGAUCAUGGAGCUGAGGGUGGUGACCAAUAAACUGAGGCAUGCUAUGAGUGGACAGGACAUGGACUUCAUGGACAGUGAGGAAGGCAGUGGCUCAGGAGGUGGAGAUCAUGGCGAAAGGUACAAUCAUGACUGGCCAGGUUAUGGGCCUUACUCUCCACCCUACACCAAACCCUCAAAUAACCCCGCCUCCAACCCUGCAAAGCCGCCUCGAGGCCGAGACAGAAACGGGUCCAAGUGGAACAGAAACAAUGGGCAGGGACGGGUUCGAUCUGCAGCUGGUCUGCUCUUUUUCUCCCCGUUUUCUUUGUUGCCUCUGCCUUUUGUGGUCACUGCUGCCACCAUGUGGAGAUAGCUGGUUAUUAAAGUGUGGAAGUGAGCGGAAAAUUUCUGUCAUGCUGGAGUCUAAAGCACAUUAUUAAGAAAAUAAUUGCCAUUCCAUUCGGUUACACCAGCAUUAAACAACAGUAAAAACAGACUAAUUCAGCAAUAAUCAAAAACCUGUUUACAGCACUGAAUAUUUUUCCUACUCCCCAAGCAACUAAUGAGAAAUAAAACACACUGAUAAUUAAAAACACAACUUAAAAAUAUCAUCUUUUAUUUUUUUAGUGUCAUGUUUGACUGAUUGGCUUUAGAUGCUGAACGGUGUGCAGUGCUGGGAGUCUUAAGGGGAACAAAGGAAUAAACUUUUCAACAUCAAAUGAAUUGGCAGGAUGUGUGGGUGAUGGCGGUGACCACUUGGUGGUCUGUGAGGUAGAGAUUAGCCGUGCCCAUAAUUACUAUGUAGUUUCAGUGAGCAGCUGAUUUAACGUACAUUUGUUUGCUGCUUCUCUCUUUAAAUUAAGUUUCAGUACAUUGGAGUUCAGUUUAGCUGUGGUUCGUUUAAUUAAUUUUUCCAUCUUUUUAAAGCAGUAAGAUAAAGUUUUUUAAAU